UCGCACUCUCGGCUAUGGCGGAGGCCUCGAUCGGGAGGCAAAGCCCAAGGAUUGUAUCCUACCCCGUGCGUAACUUAUGUCCUGGGAGACCCAGCCUUCAUACCACGGCAGUGGUGUCUAUGGGCUCAGCUGACCACCGGUUCAACCUGGCUGAGAUCCUGUCUCAGAACUACGGGGUACAGGAAGAGACAGAAGAAGAGGAGCAAGACCAGACGCAGGGGAAAGCAAAGCCUUUCGAAGAGCUAGAGAAGAGUUUCAAUGCCUCCCAGAACAGUGAAAUGCCGUUUGAGGAACUGCUGGCACUGUACGGCUACGAAGCCUCUGACCCCAUCUCCGAGCAGGAGAGUGAGAGCAAUGAUGCCACCACGCCCAACCUUCCAGACAUGACCUUGGAUAAGGAACAGAUAGCGAAGGAUCUGCUUUCCGGGGAAGAGGAAGAGGAGACACAGUCUUCAGCUGAUGAUCUGACUCCUUCGGUCACUUCCCACGAUGCAUCGGACCUUUUCCCCAACCAGACCCGUUCCAACUUCCUUGCUGAUGAAGACAAGGGCCCUUGUUCCUCUCCUUGUGCUUCCUUCUCGGCUGAGGACUCCGAAGAAGACUCCAUUCCCUCCAACGACUGCAAGAAGGAGAUCAUGAUUGGGCCUCAAUUCCAGGCAGCUGUCCCCCUCCUCCAUUUGAACAGACACAGCGAAAAAGUUUACGAAAAUGACGACCAGUUGCUUUGGGACCCAAACAUCCUGCCAGAGAGAGAGGUGGAAGAGUUCCUUUACCGAGCCAUCAAGCGGAGGUGGGACGAGGUCUCCAUCGCCAGCCUUCCGGAAGGAGAGACGGUGAAAGACAACGAGCAGGCGCUGUACGAACUGGUGAAGUGCAACUUCAAUGCGGAAGAGGCGUUGCGGCGACUGCGGUUCAACGUGAAGGUCAUUCGAGAUGAGCUCUGUGCCUGGAGCGAAGAGGAAUGCAGGAACUUUGAACACGGGUUUCGGGUCCAUGGGAAAAACUUCCACCUUAUUCAAGCGAACAAGGUCCGCACCCGGUCGGUGGGCGAGUGCGUGGAGUACUAUUACAUGUGGAAGAAGUCAGAGCGCUACGACUACUUCACCCAGCAGACGCGGUUUGGAAGGAAGAAGGAUUAUGUGGACAAUUUCUUAGAUGGCGGAGAAGUAGAAAGUUCCAGCCGCUCACGUGGUUCCCCACCAAUCAUGUCGGCCAGCGGUUGCCUGGACGCUCGCUUUGGCACCGAUCACCUGACGAUGGAGAGCACAGAGCCCUUGAGCAACGAGAGCGCAGCCUGCAGCUUGGGCAGCACGAGCGAGUCAGGCCACGGCUACGAGUGCAGCACCCCUUCGGAAACAAACUGCUCCUUUGACCCUGCCGAGGAGGCGCCCGUGGGCAGCCGGGCGUCAGCCUACCUACAGCAUCCGCCAAAUCCCCCUGACGCCGGGUUCUUCCCGAUGGCCACGGCGGGCAAGCAGGAGCCGCUGCGGUGCUCUGGGGAGGCCCUCGCUGUGGGCUUCGCCCUCCCUGGGAACGUCGCGGAGGGGCUGCCUUUAAUUUCUGGCCACGUGGGACUGGACAGGCAUCCAGAGACAUUGUUGGCCCCCGCUCAAGUGCCCUUAUCCGUCCCCGAUUUCAGUGUCCUUGGCAUCGGAGAUGUAAAUAACUUCCUGGCCACUCAGCAGGCCUGUCCGGCACCAACGGCCCAGUUGGACUCCUUGUCUCAGUGACUGCAGCCGUCGAGGGGUCCGUUGUAAGCCGAAAGCUGACUCGGACAGGACUGGAUCGAGUUCCCUCUUGGGGUGCGGAGUUGG